AUGGGUCGUCGAAAAAUUGAGAUUACGAUGGUGAAGGACACCAACACGAGGCAAGUCACAUUCUCAAAGCGUCGAACAGGUCUAUUCAAGAAAGCAAAUGAGUUAUCCAUUUUAUGUGGGGCUGAAGUUGCUAUUGUUGUAUUCUCCCCUGGGAAUAAGCCUUACUCAUUUGGGCACCCAAGUGUUGAUGCUAUUGCAGCCAAGUUUCUUCAACAAGAGCCCAAAUCAAAUGAUGCACAAGAAAACCCUCUUCCGAAGUUGCUAAACCAACAACUUGCAGAGGUGAUGGACAUGGUUCGUGAGGAUGAAAAAAAGGGUGAGGUCUUUAAUGAGGCCCUAAAUCAAUACAAAGUGGCCCAACACUCUCAACUUGAAGAUUUGCAUAGUUCUCUUGUUGAGUUCAAGUAUGAUGUAAACAAGCGUCUUAGUGAAAUUGAAGCAUCAGAAUCUAUGCUACUCCUUGGACAACAACCUGUAGAGGGAAUAAAAAACCAUGUUGCUAAAAAGAAAAGAAGAAAAAUGUGA